AUGGCUGGUGCUAUGGGUAAAUUCGACCAGAUGGUUGGCAUCCCAAUUGAAAGAAGGAUCCUUGCUGAGUUUUUCUGCAUCAUACAACCUGCCAUCGACUCUGAUAGACUCCUUUUGCUUGCAGAAAGGCUAACCUGCGGUCUUCUGCGCAUCUUAAAUGGUUUGAAGCUGCAUACAUGGUACCAUGGUCCGAAGGACCAAAAUCUGGACAGUGCAAAACUUUGA